ACCCCAUAGUUGACCCCAAACCCCAUUCCAGGAGAACCCGUACGUGAUGCGGGUGGGCGGCGCGGGCGGCCCCGAGCGCUACGAGGGGUUUUGCGUGGACAUGCUGCGCGAGCUGGCGGCGCUGCUCAAGUUCCGCUUCCACAUCAAGCUGGUGGAGGACGGGCUCUACGGGGCGCCCGAGCCCAACGGCUCCUGGACCGGCAUGGUGGGCGAGCUCAUCAACCGGAAGGCCGACCUGGCGGUGGCGGCGUUCACCAUCACGGCCGAGCGGGAGAAGGUGAUCGACUUCUCCAAGCCCUUCAUGACCCUGGGCAUCAGCAUCCUCUACCGCGUGCACAUGGGCCGCAAGCCGGGGUAUUUCUCCUUCCUAGACCCCUUCUCUCCGGCCGUGUGGCUCUUCAUGCUCCUGGCCUACCUGGCCGUCAGCUGCGUGCUCUUCCUGGCCGCCAGGCUGAGCCCCUACGAGUGGUACAACCCCCACCCGUGCCUGCGCGAGCGCCCGGGGCUGGUGCAGAACCAGUACACGCUGGGCAACAGCCUCUGGUUCCCGGUGGGAGGAUUCCUGCAGCAGGGCGCCGAGGUGCUGCCCCGCGCCCUCUCCACGCGCUGCGUCAGCGGCGUCUGGUGGGCCUUCACCCUCAUCAUCAUCUCGUCGUACACGGCCAACCUGGCGGCGUUCCUGACCGUGCAGCGCAUGGAGGUGCCGGUGGAGUCGGCCGACGACCUCGCCGACCAGACCAACAUCGAGUACGGCACCAUCCACGCCGGCUCCACCAUGACCUUCUUCCAGAACUCGCGCUACCAGAUCCCCUACCAGCGGAUGUGGAACUACAUGCACUCCAAGCAGCCCAGCGUCUUCGUCAAGAGCACGGAGGAAGGCAUCGCGCGCGUCCUCAACUCCAAGUACGCCUUCCUGCUGGAGUCCACCAUGAACGAGUACCACCGGCGCCACAACUGCAACCUGACGCAGAUCGGGGGGCUGCUGGACACCAAGGGCUACGGCAUCGGCAUGCCGCUGGGGUCGCCGUUCCGUGACGAGAUCACGCUGGCCAUCCUGCAGCUGCAGGAGAACAACCGGCUGGAGAUCCUCAAGAGGAAGUGGUGGGAGGGGGGGCACUGCCCCAAGGAGGAGGAUCACCGCGCCAAAGGGCUGGGCAUGGAGAACAUCGGCGGCAUCUUCGUGGUGCUGGUCUGCGGGCUGGUGGUCGCCAUCUUGGUGGCCGUCAUGGAGUUCGUGUGGUCAACGCGGCGCUCGGCCGAGACCGAGGAGAUCUCGCUGUGCUCGGAGAUGCUGCGGGAGCUGCGCCGCGCCGUCUCCUGCAGCCGCCGCCCCCGCGCGCGCCGCCGCCGCCGCCCCCCCAAAUGGGGGGCGGGGGGAGGCGGUCACGCCGCCCCUCCCCCCGCCCACCCCCACCCCCACCCCCAGCACGGCCCUGGCGGGGGGGGAGGGGCGCCGGCCCUGCGCGAGAUGCGCUUCAGCAACGGGAAGCUCUACUCGGGGCUGGGGGGAGGGGCGCACCCCGAGGUGGUGGGGGGUGGGGGGAGGGGGGGGGGUGGGGGAGGGGUGGGCGCCCCUCCCCCCUGCACGCACGUGCGCGUCUGCCCCGAGUGCCGCCGCAUCCAAGCGCUGCGCGCCACCCCCCCCGCCCCCCCCCGC